GUGUAUUGGAAACAGAUCAUCUGAUAACUCAAGUGGACUAACAGGUUGUGUGCAUAUAUUGACCACAUGAUUUUCUUAAUGAUUUCGUUUUUGUUUUGCCGUAGAUGUGUUCCUCAGUGCAUUUCAAACAUGGUAGUGUAUUUAACUUUUACAUAGCAUAUCUGUAUAUCUAGGGCCUUAUAAAGGGUUAAGCUAAUCAUUCUCGUCGACAUCUUGCCGGAGCAAGACGUAUCCGGCAUGGCCUGUUUUGUUUUUCUUAUAUGUGUGAUAAUUUAUACGGCGAUAGCCACAACGCCUCUUAACAUUGGCAAGACGUGCGUAGGACGACAUGAAAUAUACAUCGACUGUCCUACCGGCCAAUGUAACCCCAAAACUUGUAACGACUUAGUGCAUCCACCUGGUUGUCCAGGAGAAAUACCACCAUGCCCAGGUGGCUGUGUUUGUGAAGCCGGAUAUCUAAGAAAUGAGAAUGGAACAUGCAUACCGGAGGAACAGUGUUCUUACAUUUGUACCAAGAAACACGAAAGAUACAUAGGUUGUUACGCUGGUCAAUGCAAUCCCAAAACUUGUGAAGAUCUGAAUAAAUCGAUUCCAUGUCCUUUCAUAAUGGGACCAUGUCCUGGUGGCUGCAUGUGUGAAGAAGGAUACUUAAGACUAGAAGGAGAAUGUAUCAAGAUCGAAGACUGCCCUCCGAAACCUUGCGGAGGAAAUCAAACGUGGUUGUCCCCGUGUAACGCGCCCUGUCCCUAUCCUCAUUGCCCAAGAGACGACAAACCACGAUCACCAUGCGCUGAGCUAAAACCAUGCUACCCAGGAUGUCAAUGCAAACCAGGUUAUAAAAGAAAUUCAACUGGACUCUGUAUCCUGGCUUCGGAUUGUCGAUCACAUGGCUCGGGAGGUGGACAGCAAGGUAACGCUGGAGGACAGCACACUGGUCUCGGCGGGCAAUACGGCGGCGGUUCCGGCGCCGGACACCGGCGGGGCUUGCAAGGCGGCAGUAUCGGCACAAUAGGUGGAACUAUGUCCGGGAUGACCGGCGCCGGGCACGGCCGGAACCUGGCGCAGCAGUUGCAAGGAGGGCACGGGGUGCAGGGCACGGGGGGCGGGACGCACGGCUGGCAGCACUGCGUGCUCCUUUCUAUAGUUUCGAUCCGUGCGUGUGCUCAGGCGCGCCGUGCGGUGCGUGCUACCCGUACACAACAAAACCGUGCGUGCACUCACGGAACGAUCUCCGGCCGUGCUCCGUGUGUCCGGGCGGCGGGUGCUCGCCGUGCCCGGCGCCCGUGCGGCCGUGUCCGGCGCCGUGCCCGCCAUGUCCUGUGCUACCAUGUUUGCCAGACUGCCCGCCGUGUGACAAGGUGUACCCGCCUGUUCCUGUGCCGCCUCACAUCUGCCCGUCCGUCGCCAUCCCGUGCUGCAGGCCCAACCGCUGCAAGCCGUGCCCUUGCUACUGCUGCCAGGGGCCCGGCUGCUGCAUACCAAAACGCUGCAGCUACCCCGGCGCGCCCGUCUGCUGCGGCUGCAAAGGACCUUGCAUGCCCAUCUGAUUAUGGCAAACCAGUGCCUCCUCCAUGUCCUAAAAAUGAGGUACGAUGCUGUCGGAACCCCUGCCCGCCGGACCGCUGCUUCUCCUUAUAUGCCGCUAUUCGUUGCAUCGACAACCAAACUUGUGUUAACGGCUGUUACUGCAAAGACAAUUACCUGAGGCUUGGUCAAAAUGGCCCGUGCGUUCCCAGGAACGAGUGUCCACCGCUUCUAUGUGUGGGAGAUCCUAACGCCCGGCGAGGUUGUGGAGACAGAUGUGGCAAGACAUGUGCAGACUACAAAAGCAAUCCUAUUUGCCCCAAACGACCUUGUAAAAAUGAUGGCUGUGACUGUAAAGAAGGAUACAUAUAUGAUACGUAUCAGGACAAGUGUGUUCUUCCUAAGGACUGCACGCCUAACAAAUGCGGAAGAAAUGAAGAAUACUACUGCGGACCAGCGUGUCCAGACAAUGAAGCUAGUUGUUCCAAACCCAACCCACCUAUUUGUAUCAACAAGAGAUGUGAAUUCAAAUGCUUUUGCAAGAAAGGUUACGUGAGGGAUGAUAAGAACGGCAACGUUUGCAUUCCCGCCGAUAAAUGCCCUAUAAACUGCACCAAGAAACACGAAGUAUACUUCGAUUGUGUAGCAGGUCAAUGUGGUCCCAAAACUUGCGAUGAUUUGGGGAGGUCGCUUUCAUGUCCCGAUAUCGGCCGAGGUCACUGCCCUGGGGGUUGCAUAUGCGAACAAGGCUAUUUAAGAGACGUUAAUGGAAAUUGUAUCAAGAUGGAGAACUGCCCUCCAAAACCUUGCGGAAGGAAUCAGACGUGGAUGUCCCCUUGCGACACACCUUGUCCCUACCCACGUUGCCCAAGAGACGACAAGCCGCCACCGCCGUGCAUCAAGAUAGAGCCAUGCUACCCAGGAUGUCAGUGCAAAUUGAAUUAUUUAAGAAACUCACGUGGAGACUGUAUCCUGGCCCCGGAAUGUCCACGGGUAAACUGUACUCGGCAAUAUGAAAAGUGGGAUGGGUGCCCCUCGGCGUGCCUGGCUGAGGGCUGUGAUGACAUCUACAAUCAGCCUACGACGUGUAAUACUCUCAUUUGGCUCUGCUCGCCUAGAUGUGUUUGUAAGAAGGGGCACUUUAGGAACAAGGAAGGCAAAUGCAUUCCUGCCUCACAAUGCCCAAAUUAUUGUAAAGAUCCCAACGCCUCAUGGACAGAUUGCCGUGAUAUUUGCCCAGGCACUUGUCAAAACCCUAAACCGAUAUGUUUGAGCAAAGUGCCGUGUAGACCUGGAUGUCAGUGUAAAAAAGGCUACGUCUUAGAUAAGCCUGGCGAUGGUGGAAAAUGUGUCAAGGUUGAAAAAUGUCCAGUUACUACAACUUCUGCCCCUAUCACAACUACAACUCCCGCUCCGCAUAAAUGCAAAUCCAAUGAACAUUGGACAGAUUGUUUACCAGGCCAAUGUAAGCCGAAGACAUGCGAUGAGCUGAUAAAACCCGCGCCGUGUCCUAGAGUAAAGCCUCCGUGCCCUGGUGGUUGUAUCUGCAACGAUGGAUACGUCUGGGAUGCAAAAGGACGGUGCAUAAAGAAAGAAAAUUGUCCAUCCCAUUGUAAAGAUCCCAACGCCUCAUGGACAGAAUGCCGUGAUAUUUGCCCAGGCACUUGUCAAAACCCUAAACCGAUAUGUAUGAGUAAAGUGGCGUGUAGACCUGGAUGUCAGUGUAAAAAAGGCUACGUCUUAGAUAAGCCUGGCGAUGGUGGAAAAUGUGUCAAGAUUCAAAAAUGUCCAGACACGACCGUUCCUCCUAGAUGCCCGCCAAAUGAGGAGCUCAAGCGAAGAGGGCCCUGCCCCCCGGAUUCUUGCGAGAUGCUAUAUCUGUCCGUUUUGUGCAUCGCAAACCAAACUCAAGAACUUUUGUGCACUUGCAAAUCAGGCUAUCUGAGGAGAAACAAUACCUGUGUACCUGUAGACAGGUGUCUUCCACCUGAAUGCGCCGAUGAUCCUAACGCUGUGAGAGGAUGUGGCAAUAGAUGCGGAAAAACAUGUGCAGAUUACAAAAAUACUACCAAAGUGUGCAACAAUAAUGUAUGCCAUAUUAACGGAUGUGGCUGUAAAGAUGGAUUGGUUUAUGAUGAAAAUAUAAAGAGAUGUGUUAAACCCGAGCAGUGUUCCAAGCAAUGCAAGGGAUCGCAUGAAAAACACAUUGACUGUCCAGCCGGGCAAUGUGACCCCAAAACUUGUGAUGACCUCGUGAACCCACCUGCAUGUCCAAGAAUAAAACCACCGUGCCCGGGAGGCUGUGUUUGCGAAGAUGGAUAUUUGAGAGACAAGAAUGGAAAAUGCAUACCGAAGGAACAGUGUCCUUCUCUGCAAUGUAAAAAGAAAAACGAGCGCUGGUCAAACUGCUUGCUCGGAGAAUGUGUUCCAAAGCAUUGCGAAGACGUCGGGUAUCCAGUACCCUGCCCAGACCUCAUAGGCCCCUGCGCUGGCGGCUGUACCUGCAUUGAAGGCUUCGUAAGAAACUGUGAAGGAGAAUGUAUUGACAUGAAGGAUUGUCCAUGUUGUGGAGGAGAUCCUUACGCGGUAAGCGGUUGUGGUAACCCAUGUGGUAAAACCUGCGCGAGUCUGUACGCGAACAAUUCCGACUUGAUGUGCCCCCAAUAUUGCGAGUAUAAUGGCUGCGACUGCAAACCCGGAUACCGUCUUCUAAUAGAUAGCACUGGGUCUAAAAAAUGUGUUCCGGAGAGUGAAUGUCCUAAGCCUACUCCGGAAUGUGGAGCGAACGAACAAUACUACUGUGGUACUUCAUGCCCCGAAGCCAGCUGUGUCGACCCAACGCCUCCAACGUGCGUCAACAAGAAAUGUAAAUUUGCUUGCUUCUGCAAGAAAGGAUUCGUCAGAGACUUCAACAACACAUGUAUACCGGUCAACAAAUGCCCCAAAUGUAAAGGACCCCAUGAAAAACUGAUAAGUUGUCCAGUAGGUCAAUGUAACCCAAAAACAUGUAAGGACCUAAUAACUCCUCCUGGCUGCCCGAGGGUAAUACCUCCUUGUCCAGAUGGCUGUGUUUGCGUAGAAGGUUACCUACGAGAUGCGAAAGGAACAUGUAUUGAGAAGUCACUGUGUCCGGGCGUGUGUAAAGAUCCCAACGCCUCCUGGACGGAUUGCCGUAGCCCCUGCCCAGGCACUUGCUACAACACUAAACCAGUAUGCCCGAGCAAACCUUGUAGCCCAGGGUGUCAGUGCAAUGAAGGCUACGUUCUAUCUAAACAAGGGAAAGAUGGGAAAUGCGUUAAAAUUGAAACAUGCGCAGAUUACAUCCACUGUCCUCGCAAUCAAACCUUUGUAACAUGCACAUUUAAAGGAUGCCCCCAAGUAAGGUGUCCUCAAUCAGAUCAAACGAUUCUGUGCAAGCCACCACGAGACUGCCCGGGAGGGUGUGGAUGCAAGCCCUUCUAUAGAUAUGACGUCAAUAACAACUGCAUCAAGUCGCCUGAUUGUCCUCCAGUAGAAUGCACCAGAGAUCACGAGGUAUUCAAGUGCAAACAUUUGGGUGACUGGGAGUAUUGUGAUGAGAGAUACAACUCUCCUCCGUUUUGGGAAGGCGACCCAAAUGAUUGCGAGCCGAAGUGUGCGUGCGCGCAAGGGUAUUGGAGAAACCCUCAGACGAAUACGUGUGUCACAGAAAAUGAAUGCCCCCCAAUUUGAUGAAUAAAAAAGACACGCAGAAGAACUACGAGUAAUUUUAAUUGCUAAUUGUUUUCUUAAACUAUAAAUAAUUAUUACCUGUAUUAUAUGUGUUUAUAUAUACCUAUGUGUUAUCGGAAUCAUAAAGAUUUUUUUUAGUAAGUACUUAUUGUACACAUCUGCCAAGUAACGUGUCCACACGUUAUCAUGUAAAUGUAUUUAUAUUAUAAAUUACUAUGUUUUGA